CUUGUCUCAAGGUCCAGUAGCAUCAUAUGCUCUUCACUCCUCCCCCUCUUAAACCCUACACGCACAUACUUCCUCUCUCCGUACAUACAACGCCGAUCGAUCAUCCUCUCUCCCGACGACGACGUUUCUUUCAGUCAGUUGCUAGAUAGAGGACAAAUUAGCGAUCAGCGAUGUCGGCGAUAGUUAGGGCACGGAUCAUCUCUUCGGUGUCGAAGAGACUUGACAAGCGGAGCUAUUCGGCUGCUGUGAAUACCCCAAAACAGCAAAUGGCGGCUGCUGCAGCGGCUUUUAGUGAGGAAUUACCGCCGCCUCCUCGUGCUGGAGUUGGUAUGAAAUUGCUUAAGUACGGUGCUAUUGCGUCCAUAGCUGGACUCUUCGGGGCUACUGGUUAUGCAACUUAUGCAUAUAGUGUGGACGAAAUUGAGGAGAAGACUAAAGCUUAUUGUGCAUCUGCAAAUGUUGCCGGCAAAGAUGAUGGAACAACACUUGGUAAAUAUCAAGCAAUGAUUUACUCUGCUGCAGCCACAGUUCCUGCCAAGUUGCUCGAGGCUUACAUAGAUGGAAGGAGGUCAAUAGAAGAACAUGUUCGGGGAUUUACUGAACCAUCAUCAGAUAAGCUUCUCCCAGAUUUGCAUCCCAUGGAGCAGGGAGCAUUUACACUAGUAUUGGAUUUAAAUGAGACAUUGAUAUACUCUGACUGGAAGCGUGAUAGAGGUUGGCGAACAUUCAAAAGACCUGGUGUUGAUGCCUUUCUGGAACAUCUGGCCAAAUUUUAUGAAAUUGUAGUGUAUUCAGAUCAGCUAAGUAUGUAUGUUGACCCUUCUGUUGAGAGGUUGGACCCGAACCACUACAUAAGGUUCAGGCUAUCGCGGUCUGCGACAAAAUAUCAAGACCAGAAACAUUAUCGAGACCUCUCAAUGCUGAAUAGAGAUCCCUCACGCAUCCUCUAUUUAAGUGGUAAUGCACUAGAGACUAGCCUUCAGCCAGAAAAUUGUGUACCCAUAAAGCAGUGGAAGGGUGAAACAGAAGAUACAGAACUCCUGGAUAUUAUUCCAUUCCUUGAGUAUGUUGCUACACACAGACCACCUGAUAUCCGCCCUGUUAUAGCUUCUUAUAAAGGUCGUGAUAUAGCUAAAGAGUUCAUUGAGCGUUCAAAGGAGGUUCAAAAGAAAUUGCAGGAGCAAAAGCAACAGGGACGGCUGUGGAGACGUUGAAGUACAAAGAUGAAAUUUUGAUUUUGGGUGCUGAAAUCAAUGGAGGUAGAAUCAUUUGAUUGAGAAUAUAGGAUUUCAAACAUCUGCGGAGUUAGAAAUUAGUAUCCAUUUUUUGUAGGCGAUUUGCAGUUUGAAGUAAUACUUCUUGUAUGUCUGAUGUCUGAUGGAAUCUUUAUAACAAUUCUCACCCCAUGUCACCUAUUUACCAGAUUCGUUCUGAACUAUCUGUGUCUAGUUAACAUAAAUGGUACGACUAUGUGGUGACAGGUUAUCAGCAUAAUAGAUAAACUUUUUUUAUA